AUGCCGCAAGAAAUUGAUGUUUCGGAUUUUGAGACGAAAUAUAAGCAAUUUUCUCAACAGCUGUUGGAUGACGAUGAUGAUUUUGAAGCAACACGUGCGAACUCAUCAUAUCUCCAUAACUACCCUCUCUUCAGGUUUGCUUUAAUCAUAGUUCGUGAGAAUUCAAGCAGUUUUGUUUUACAUGCAGUUGCGUAUGGGUUGAAAAAACCAGAUCGAAGAAAUUCAAAUAAAGAAACAUAUAUCAACAUCGAUGGCGACAUACUACAAUGGAAAUUCAGAAAUUCAAGGUGGAGACGGCCACAACCUGGUAACUUUGUGUUCCUUGAUUCCAAUCAUCCUGGAAAUAAUCCGGUCAAUAAUCAUAAUCACAACCACCACCACCAUCACCACAUAUCUCAAACGCCGCCACCACAACCACCACCAACCUCCGGUCAGACACAACAAUUUGUUGGCAUCCCGCUUUCUGCAUCACCACCAUCAUCAGUUCAUUCACAACAUGACGUCUCUUCACUUCACGCGUUCAUCCCACGAGCUCAGUACAUGUAUAAUCCGGUGGAGAUGGUGGCGGCACCACCACGUGAGGUCACACCGUUUCAACAAGGUCUGUCUUUAACCCUCUCUUCUCAGCAAUCAAGGUACGGGUCUCAGGCCGCCAGAGUAACUUCUAUAUCUCCCACCGGCGAUGAUGGGAGAGCGGUUGUUGUUGUUGGUGGAGGUGGUGGUGGUGGUGGAUCCACGUCAUCAGCAUCCGGGAUUUCAAACAAUGGUGUGCAUAAUAUGUUGUUGAAUUCAAAGUAUCUGAAAGCAACACAAGAAAUUCUUGAAGAAGUUGUGAACGUUGGUAAGGGAGUGCUCAAGAACUCCGAUCAGUUAACUAAGAAUCUCAAGACUCCAGUGAUCGGAGAUGGUGGAUCAUCGUCUCCAGUCACCGGAGAAGGAAUUAGAGAUGAGUCUGGUAGUAAAUCCGGUGGUGGUGCUGAGCUUACUACAGCAGAAAGACAAGAAAUUCAGAUGAAAAAAGCAAAGCUUGUUAACAUGCUUGAUGAGGUGGAGCAAAGAUAUAGACAAUAUCACCACCAAAUGCAAAUUGUAAUUUCUUGGUUUGAGCAAGCAGCUGGAAUUGGAUCCGCUAGAACUUACACUGCACUAGCGCUACAGACGAUUUCAAAGCAAUUCAGGUGCUUAAAAGAUGCGAUUAUGGGACAGAUUAAGGCGGCCAGCCGGAGCUUAGGGGAGGACGACAGUUUAGGUGGUGGUGGUGGGAAGGCUGAGGGCGGUGGUUCAAGGCUAAAAUUUGUAGAUAAUCAACUCCGGCAACAAAGAGCUUUGCAACAAUUGGGAAUGAUCCAACACAAUGCUUGGAGACCUCAAAGAGGAUUACCUGAGCGUUCUGUUUCUGUUCUUCGCGCGUGGUUGUUUGAACAUUUCCUCCAUCCUUAUCCAAAGGAUUCGGACAAACAUAUGCUCGCAAAACAAACCGGUCUUACUAGAAGUCAGGUUUCGAAUUGGUUUAUAAAUGCACGAGUGAGGCUAUGGAAGCCAAUGGUGGAAGAAAUGUAUUUGGAGGAAGUGAAGGAACAAGAACAAAACGGAUCAGACAACAACAAAACAAACAAAAACGAACAAAACGAAGAGAACUCAUCAUCCAAAAAUGAAAAAAGUGUAUCACCAGAAACCUCAAACAGAGGAGGAAUAGGAUUCCAUUCCACCAAACAAGAGAAUCUAAACUCCUUCAAUCCUCCACCACCAAUGGCGGUUCCCGCCACCGUGUCCACAUCACCCACCACCACCACCACGAGAAUAAAUUUCCAAAACCCAUCUGGUUUUAGCCUCAUCGGGUCCCUAGAAAUGGAAGGAAUCACACAAUUCAGCCCCAAAAAACCAAGAAACAACGACCGGAAUCAGGAUUCCGACGCCGGUUUCACACUGACAGGUGGCAAUCCAACCGACUUCAUGGGCGGACUCGGGGGUUACCCAAUUGGUGAAAUCGGGCGUUUUACAACCGAUCAAUUCCAACAACAGUAUUCAGGAAACGGGGUUUCAUUGACUUUAGGUCUCCCACACUGUGAAAACCUUUCGCACCACAGUUUCCUCCCUAACCAAAACAUCCAACUAGGCAGAGGGGCAGAAUUGGAAGAAAACGAAUUUGGCGCCAUGAAUCCAUCAUCUUCUUCACACUCAGCCGCCAUGUAUGAAUCCAUGAACAUUCAAAGCCGCAAGAGGUUUGCUGCACAACCUCUGCCCGAUUUUGUUGCUUAAUCAACAAAGAAUCAAAAUUCAAACACCAUUCCCACUAUCAAGAAAUCAAGAAAUAAAAACAAGAUUUACCCUAGAUCAGAUCUAUACUUUAAUGAAGAACAAGAACCAUUAGCGUUCGUUAUAGAUACAGAUUAGGUUUUUCAUUGAGGGUUGUAUAUUAAUUUUGUAUCCGCAAAUAUGCAUAGAUGGAUUGGCUAUAUACAUAUUGUAUGUAUGUAAAAGUAAAAAAAAAAAACUAGUUAUAUAUAUAUAUUUUGAUUGGGGGG